AUGUAUUCAUCCGAAACACGCGAAUGGAUUAGCUACAAGUUACCUUGCAUUGUGCCCAUUCGAUUUCUAAAACGCGGUGGUAGCCCGAUUCAUUGUUACGGGGCUUUCCAUUGGUUGAUUCAUAAUCAUGGCAUGGUUGCUUUUGAUCCUGACAAAGAUCCCAAAUCUGUUCGCCUUAUUCCACUCCCAAAUGACAGAGAUCUCGAAAGUGAGCAUAAGCACGAUGGGGUUUAUAGAUUAUGUGAUGUUUCCCAAGGAACCAUUCAUUAUUUCGAGGUGGCUGAUGAUCCCACCAAGUUGUAUUUUCUCACCAUGUGGAAAAUGAAGGAUUAUGAGAAAGGAGAAUGGUGGUGUGAGUUUAAGGUGAGGCGUAGCGAUCUUCAGUCUAGUGAUCCGGGAUUGAGUAAUUGGUUGUUGGAAGGGAAGUUUCUUCUGAUAUCGUUUCAUCCGUUGAAUCUAAAUGUUGUGUAUUUGAGAUGCAUGGAGCUUGGGUGGAUUGUGUCAUAUAAUGUCCAAAAUAGAAGGUUGGAUGUUGCUUUUAAACUGAAUGGCGUUGGCAAAGAUCUUUCAUGGCGUUUGGUGAUUCCGUUUGUGUCACCAAGAUGGCCGAUGCUGGGUCGACUGCAUCACAACCACGACUGUCCGUUUUACUUUCUGCCUAGUUCUAGAUCUUUUGCAAAGAAAGUAAGGAGAGAAAAGAAGAUAAAGAAAAGGAAAACAAAUUAG